AUGGAUAUCGAAAAACAGCGCAUUGUCAUCGCAGGUGGUGGACUAGGAGGUUUAGCCGCAGCCUGUCGUCUAGCACGCGAUGGACACCAAGUCGAUCUAUAUGAGAGAUCAAAAUCACUCUCAACAGCAAGCGGUGCCAUUUUUGUGAGAUCCAACGGCGUAAGAUGCUUUCACCGUUGGCAGAUGCGACAGGCCUUGGAAGCUGUCACCGCCCCGAUCAAAGAACACGAAACGCGCAAUGGAGUCACUAAUGAGCUCCUGCAUCGACUCAAUCCACAAAUUUACUCAUCAUUCCCAGAGUGGUCCACGGAUCGGCAAGCGUUGCAGACUGUUUUAUAUGACGAGGCACUGAAGGCUGGAGCUAGAGUACACUUCGGAAAUGACAUUGUCAUGGUUAGAGAAGAUGACAACUGUGCCUAUGCAAUUUGCAAAGAUGGGACUGAGAUAAUCUCAGACUUGAUCUUGGCAGCAGAUGGAAUUUCUUCGCGUUUGCGCUCUCAGAUACUAGCUCAUGUUGAUCCGGCUCGUCUCACUAUCAUUCGAGCGCCGUCUACUCAUUACCCAACUGAACUGUCUACCGAGAUGAUGGUCAGUAAUGACAAGACGAAGUCGAUUUGUCAGCAACCAGAAUCAGAGAAUGGCAUUAUGUGGGCCGGUCAUGGUGGCUAUGCCAUUGGCAAGUAUAAUCAUCACCGUGGUCUCUUCAACAUCAUGUUCUCAAUUCAACACGGCCCUGCAGACAGCGAGUCCAGCGAACAGAAGCUCUUUGACGCCACCAAUGAUAACCAAGUUGUCAGAGAUUUCUUCGCCUCAUUCAAUCCCAUAGUCGUCGCUAUGGCGGGUAUGAUAGAGCACUGCUCACGUUGGCGACUGGCUAGACUGGAACCUCUGGAUACGUGGUCCAGUCCCAAACACAGGCUUGUCCUUUUGGGAGAUUCUGCACACGCAAUGUUGCCUAAUUUGGCUGAAGGUUUUAGCUCUAUUGUUGAAGAUAUCGAUGCGUUGUCUAUACUACUUUUGGAAGGCAAGCAAGACAUGGCAGGUACUAUCAAUUUGUGGGAGAAGAUUCGUAUUCCUAGGGUAACAAGACUUCAGAAUGGCUCGACAUGGAACUACCAGUUGUACAACUCUGGCAACCCACCGGGAUCCGAGUUGACAAAGGAGCAGAGAAAUCUGCCAAUGGGUGAUGGCGAUGGUAAUGCGCCGUUUAACACUUCGCCUUUUGACAAAUGGAUGUUCGACUAUAACACAGCUCAGGAGGUUAAUCUUGCUAUAAGGGCCCUCUCUAACUAG